GCCGUUAUUCCUUGAUUUUUUCUCUAGUUUUUUUUUCUCUCGUUUUUGCAAUGGCCGAGGACGGGAGGGUUCGAAUCGAGAAGUUCAACGGUACUGAUUUUGCAUGGUGGAAAAUGCAAAUAGAGGCGUUGAUUGGUGAGUGCGAUUUGGACAUGGUACUGGAAGAGAAACCGGAUGGAAUGGAUAAGGCUGCUGAAGCAAUUUGGGACUCAAAGGACAAAAAGGCAAGAGCUCUGUCAAAUAUGUAUGAGAAACCGUCGGCCGGUAAUAGAGUGUUCCUGAUGAGGGAAUUGUUCAUGAUGAGAAUGAACGAGGGCAGCCCAGUUGCUGAUCACAUUAAUGAGGUCAAUUCGAUCUUGUCGAGGUUGUCAUCAGUAGGCAUGAAGUUCGAUGAUGACACUCAGGCUGUGAUUCUGUUAUCUUCCUUGCCUGAUAGUUGGUCGGGAUUUGUGACAACGGUUACUGAAACUGCUGGAAC